UAUGGUUGACUAAACAAGAUCUAAAAAAGUCGGUAAAACCUAUAAUUUUGACUACUUCACUGAUCAUCUGUUUUGGAGAAUCCAGAAGCACAAUUCUUCCUGCGCCACCACCACCACCACCACCACCACCACCACCACCAACAACAAUGGAGGCAACAACAACUUCUUCUGUAGUCCAACAACCACCAACACUGAAGCUCUAUUCAUACUUCAGGAGCUCUUGUUCUUUCCGUGUUCGUUUUGCCCUUCAUUUGAAAGGGUUGGAUUAUGAGUAUAAGGCAGUUAACCUAUUGAAAGGAGAACAGUUCAGUCCGGAAUUUCUGGAGGUGAAUCCUAUUGGUUAUGUGCCUGCACUGGUGGAUGGGGACUUAUUAGUUUCCGAUUCUUUUGCUAUCUUACUGUACUUGGAAGAGAAGUACCCUCAGCAUCCACUUUUGCCUACGAACCUUCAGGAAAAAGCCGUCCAUUACCAAGCGGCGAAUAUUGUUGGCUCGGGGAUACAGCCAUUGCAGAACCUUGCUAUCCUAAGAUAUGUUGGGGAAAAUGUCGGUGAGGACGAGAAGAUUCCUUGGGUUCAACAGCACAUAGGAAAGGGCUUUGCAGCACUUGAGAAGUUACUAGGAGGUUAUGCUGGAAAAUUCGCCACAGGCGAUGAAAUUUUCCUGGCGGAUCUGUUUAUAGCUCCCCAGAUACAUGCAGCGGUCACUCGUUUCAAUAUUGACAUGACUCAGUAUCCUACUUUAGCCAGGCUCUAUGAAUCAUACAAUGAAUUACCAGCUUUUCACGCUGCUUUGCCUGAAAACCAACCAGAUGCCCCUAAGUAACACCACAGGGUUGUUCAUUUACUGCUCUCUCGCUUCUUUUGUCAUGUUUUUCUUCCAGAAGUGUAACCUUUUGGUUAGGGAAGGAAGAUAAAUGCAGUUGUCAAAGAUGCAGAAUAUUCUGUAUGAUACUAAAUAAAUAAUGAAUAAAUCGGUACUGUUAUCUUGUUUAACA